CAGGGGCUCGUUAUGCCUAAUGGCGGAUCUUUUCACGAGAAUUUAUUUCAUGGACCAUGUCUGCCAAGAUAUUACUACACCUGCCGUGAACCAUCAUCUAGUUUAAGUGCAAUAAAUAUAUAUAGGGCAUUUUUUGCAAUUAGCCCUUUGGAAAAAAAUUAUUUUAAAAAUAAUUUCAACAAAUCUAAAUUUACAAAAAUGGUCCUUGAUCUUGCCAUGCAGGCGUCAAAUCAGCGCCACGUGGAUGAGUUGGGGCGUUAAGCAAACAUUCAUUCACUAUGUUUCAUACUUAUCUUUUUUAUAAUACUAUUUUUUUUCUUUUCCUUUCUUUUCUCCGGACACAGUGAAUCAUUUAUCGUGUUUAAACACGGUGAAUGAAUGGUUCACCGUGUUUAACUUAACUAUCUGAUCUAGCUCGGUCCGCAUGGCGCUGACGUGGAGCCUGCGUGGUAGGGGGAGGGUUAUUUUUGUAAAUUUAAAUUUGCCGGGUUAUUUUUAAAAUAAAUUUUUUUCAGAGAGCUAAUUGUAAAAAAAGCUCAUAUAUAUAUAUAUAGAGAGAGAGAGAGAGAGAGAGAGAGAGAGAGAGGGAAGGGUUAUUGUGUUAUUAAAAGUAUAGUAAUUUUUACGCCGGUAAGUUUUUAUCUAUUCAUCAAUUUAGAUGAAUGGUUGAGUGAGAUAAAGAAGAGAAAUUGGGAUCAAAUUGAGAAUCUCACCUGAGGUGAGAGAAAGAAGAGAAAUUGAGUGGUCGAGUGAGAGAAAGAAGAGAAAGAUGAGGUGAAUCUUUUAACAAUCGGUUAGAACUACUGCUGUUGUACUGCUGUGGCCUUUUCUUAGCUAGACCGGGUCUAAGCAGCAGUUUCUAAUACUAGCGGUCCCAUCCAACACCCUUAACAUCGGACUCCAAAUGGAUUCAACGCCAUUGCAUUGAUACGGACGUCCGGUGUUCCCCGACCCCCCGGCGCCCGCAUAGAGAUCUCUAUGCUGAAUCCCAGGCAAUAUUUAUUACAAGCACCAACUAGAUGAACCCACGAAAGUGACUCGAUUCGACCGCACCGGAUCACGAGCGCGAUUCAUUGGGUACAAUUUUGGUCUAAUGGACCCUGCCAUCGCGUUACUUCAUCGACCCUCUUUUGAGGGUAUCUCUCUAGGUACAUAUGUAUUAAUAUCCCCCAGCUAUACAAUUUUUUGAAAUGGCUCCCUCAGCAUUAUUGUUUUCAGUUUUUAAAAUUUGACCAAAGUUUUAGUCAAAUUUAAUGAUUUUCUUAUAUUUAAUUUAACCCAAAAAAAAGAACUAACAAAAAGUACGGAUUAAUAGCUGAUAGAACUAUUUAAAUUUUAUAAAUUUCUAAUUUAACUAGUUAGUACUUCCUUAGGAAGUUAAAACAAUAUCCAAUUUUAACAAAAGUAAACUAGGGGAGCUAAUUUGGGAAAUAUCCUAUAGUUGAGGGGGUAGUAUUAGUACGUUUUACCAAAAAUUUACCUUAUUCUUUACUUUUUCAUUAAUUUUUUCCUUUUCAAUAUUUAGUUUUAUCGAUCAUAAACUCUUCUCUCGACCCCGCAUACAUACGUUCGUUCUCCGUCUCCUCCACUUCUGGUUCUUCUUCUUCUUCUUCUUCUUCUUCUCCGAGCGAGCUCUCUUGGUAGCGGGGGAUCUCUCCCCUCCUCCGAUCUCUUCGUCGCCUCCGCCAUGGAAGUGGGCUCGAUCUCCUCCACCCCUCGCUCCGUCGAGGAGAUCUUCAAGGACUUCAGCGGCCGCCGCACCGGCAUCGUCCGAGCCCUCACCCACGAUGUGGACGAGUUCUAUGGCCAGUGCGAUCCAGAGAAGGAGAACCUAUGCUUGUACGGCCACGCCGACGACUCGUGGGAGGUAACCCUACCGGCGGAGGAGGUGCCCCCCGAGCUCCCUGAGCCGGCGCUCGGUAUCAAUUUCGCGAGGGAUGGGAUGAAUCGCAAGGAUUGGCUCUCGCUUGUGGCCGUGCAUAGUGAUUCUUGGCUUCUCUCCGUUGCGUUCUAUUUCGGGGCUCGGCUCAAUCGAAAUGAAAGGUAUCGUUCUCUUUCGAGUUAUUCCAUAUUGUUUUUCUGUGCAGGAUUUACCGUAGAGGUGAGCUUUGUUCGAUAAUUUUGAUGCUAAUUAGAUGCAAUGGUUUGAGAUAUUAAUUUUUGUUCUUCGACUUAGGUAAUUGCGAAGGGAGGUAGCUUUUUUUGAUGCAGUGGUGUUGAUUUGAUGUGAAUUCUCUACUUGUGCUAUUGUCAGUGUUGUUGUUAUCGGAGUAAAAAGGAUUAUGUCAAAUUCUAAGAUUACCAGGGGGAGAUAUGUGCUUAGGUUUUUUUUUCCCCAUUUUUUAGAAUGUGAGAUUGUUAGGAAAUCCUUGAUUUGGCCUUGUUGGAUUCCCUUGCGGAGAGUCCCUAGUUUUGAUUGAAUCAUAUGAACCAGAUGGCUGUUGAAAGUUUGAAGUUGUGAUCUAUGUGACUGUGGAACAAUCUCCUACUUCUACAGUGUUGAAUGCUGUAUUGCUAGGAGAGAAUGUGUCCUAAACUAAUAUGUGCAUAUUUUAAUGUGAGGUGGGAGUUGCCAGGAGGAAGAUAAAUCGAGAGAGGGUCGUUUUACGUAACAUACAACAUAGAGAUACAAAUAUCCC